UGUGUGACCAACUCUCAAGAUAACUGUACGUCACCGGACGGGAGAUUUUGUACGAGAUACAUGUACUAGUAUAACCCACGUCUGGUGCGUGGAGCUGUCCCAGCCGCUGUUAAUGGCAAUGCCCGGUGAACGAGGGAGGUUUAGGAGGUUCUCUCCCACAGGACAUAGUUUGAACGCCCGUAGACAAGGAAGCGCAAUUAGAGAAGUUAUUACAUGUUUAUUAAUGUCGGGUGCAGCGUGUCUAGGCAAAACGAUAAUUGGGUUGAACUAGUGCGAGUAGCUGAAGAGAUGACAACAACAUUACACGUGUACUCCUGUGGGUAGGAAGAAAACGUUUGCCAUGCGUUUACAGGACAAGGACGUUUAAGUGUCAUUUAAAACCUGAGCUGGGCUGACCAACCCAACACACAGCGACUGGGCAGUGGUCACCAAACUGACCAGUAGAUCAACUGAGAAGGACACUGGUUAGAAGGAUCUCCAUAGGUCAUAUCUGCGAUACAAUCGUCCUCCACCACCAUGAGCCGGGCUGUGAGAGGCUUCGUGGCUUUCCUAGCCUGGACUCUGUUUUCGUUCUACGCUCACUACUUCGCCCGGAAAGCGCUUCGAACCUGGGGGAACAUACCUCAGGAACAACAAGAGACGACCGAGAAGAAGAAAGCUUUGUGGUACGCAGUGGUAAUUUUAAGCCUUUGUCAAAUUGUUGUCGGAGCCUGUGUUCUCCUUCUGCUUCCCAGACUAUGCAGCCGGCGUCUUCUUACCUGGAUGGGGCUGGACGCCAAGGAAAGCAUGAGCGCCGACCCCCACUCAGACACAGGGGUGGAAAAAGUGACCAAUGGUGUAACACAGGGACAAGAGGAACCCUGUGAGAGCUCGAGACUUCCAAACACUGAUUUGUCCCUUGUCACCCUGUCUGUAAGCCACAUGGCGGCCACGAUGUGUACGAACGCUAGCUUGGCGUUUUGUGACGCGUCCAGCGCGUUUACGGUGAAGGCGUUUGAGCCCAUCACUACAGCGGUGCUGUCCAGCAUUUUAAGCGGGAAAAAGUUGGAGACGAAUACGAUAAUAGCAUUGCCCUUAGUUGUCAUAGGGUCUAUCGGGUUUGUGUGGAGACCACAGUACAGGAUGGGAGAAACACUAGGACUCACGCUUGCCUUUUUAUCCAAUAUUUUGUUUGGAUUGCGUAACGUUACGCUGAAAAGUAUGGCAAACAAAACACCUUUGGUACAGGUCCAGACUUUAGCGAAAAUGAGCACAUGGGCUGCUUUCCUGCUUCUCUUCAUGGAAAUUUUCCUAGCCGUAGCGGCACCAGACAUGUUUCCUACAUUAUUAGCUGCGGGACUGCUUCAGCCCUGUCUCGUUUCGGCGAUACUUCACGUGACUUACACCGUUAUCUCAACGUGUAUCAUACUCAAAUAUAUAUCAGUCGUCGCACAUUCCAUGGCUAAUCUAAUGAAAAGGAUUUCAUUGGCGCUUCUGUUUUAUAUGAUAGGGAAACAUUUACUUCUUCCCGUUAACUAUUUUUCCGGGACGGUUAUACUUCUUGGAUUGGCCUUGUACGUGUUCCCAGCGGCUACAAGACAAAAGAACUGCUCCGAACAACAGUCCCUAUGGCUGACGGUGAUCAUGUCUUCCAUUGUCCUGGCCAUGGCGGGUUACCAUUGGGGCACAUCUUUGCCAGGAAGCUCGGUUGAGAUUGCGACCGCCGUCUCACCUAACACAACCAGUGUCUUCAAGUUUCCCUUCAGUCGCAUGCGACCUUUUACCAGAACUGACCUCAGUCCCAAAGACCGAAGUUUCGUCAAUGCAGACCUCUAUGCAGAUUCUUCCAAUGCGUUCCAUUUAUCUCAGUUAUUGACUACGACUGAGGAAGUAAUUGAGGAGGCACAGCGCAUCCAGACGACUUUGUUUUCUCGCGUUCUUGCGGGGUACCGGAGGGCCGUUUUGGUGAACGUUUUUCAGUGGCCUAACAAAGGCGACCAGUUCAUUACAAUCGGCCAGAGACUUAUUCUACAGGGUUUGAACAUAUCUAUUGUGUACCAUUGUUACUAUCCGGGGACGUACUGCGAUUUUUCUCAGAUUAAGAGGUCGAAAGAUUUGGUCGUGAUGGUCCAAGGCGCGGGAUAUAUUGGCCACCCUGCACACUUGUAUGUGCUGAAGAAAACGGCUGAUGCUUUCCCCAGUAAUCGUAUUGUGCAAUUUCCAACCAGCGUGUGUCACCCCACACCUGGCUGUCAAAACAUAACCGAAUUUGCUCAAAUUUACGGGAAUCAUAAGGAUUUCAUUGUUAUGCUACGAGACAAACCGUCUUUUGAUAUGGCGACACAUUUCUUUUUGAAAAAUAAGCUUCUGCUUGUCCCGGACUCUGCAUUUGCUGCGGGACCGUUACAGGUGAACGUCAUCCCCAGUUAUGACGUCAUAUGGAUCAAACGUGACGACUGGGAGAGUCCAGGGUUCACAAGAGUAAAUCGACCAAAAUUCCCACCCGGUAUAAAAUACUUGAUAACUGACUGGAAGGCAGAAUGGAUGAAUGAAAAUGCAGACGAUUUUUUCGAAGAUCAUCAACUCAAAGCCAUGUCUGGUGUUCUCUUUAUUGCGCGUGCGCAUGUCGUCGUGACGGAUCGUCUGCAUGCACAUCUAAUUAGCACGUUGCUAGGGAAACCGAAUGUUGUUGUGAACAGCUUGACAAACAAACAGGCGAACUAUUACCACACGUGGGAAAGGAGUAUUCGGAGCUCGCAUUUGGCGCUUUCCACGGAACACGCCGUUGAAAAAGCACUUUUAUUACUUAAACGAUACAAGCCUGUUGCUUAAAAAUAUAUCUAUGGUAUGAUGGAUUAUUUAUUGACGUUUUUAAACCCACUGAGAGGGUUAUUUGUUUGUUAUGCUUUAGUCUCCAUAAGAAAUCUAUGAUAGUUUCCUUUGUUGUUUUAAUACAAAAUACAGUAUUUAUCUGGGUUAGCUUAUGGAAAAUGUAGUUAUUUUUUUGUUAUAAUUUAUAAAUGAUUAUGCAUUGUAUGUUCAUAACAAUAUUUUUCAUAGGCCAGUUUUGUAAAUAUUAAGGAUUUUUAAAAAUUAUUUUUUCCAUAGGCAUUGAUGAAGUUUUAUCAGCUGCCUUGCCUUUUAAUUAUACAUGUAUUACACUUGCAUUUCUUGAUGAACAUGUUAGCAUUAUGCCUUAUUCAACAAUCGUGUUUGUUGGUGGCGCAAUCACGGAAAACAAGCAUCACUUCUGGCAUUUCGAAUUUAUUCGAUUAUAUUGCUUUUGGUUUAAGUGUAGAUUCUUAUCUUAGUUGAGUUAAACUUUAAAGUGCAAUCUGGUAUGUUUUAAAAUUGUGUUCAAGUGUAACACGUCGGCGGGUCCAGCUGUCGCAAAUAGUGUAUAGCACUGAGUUAUGAGAAAAAUCCCCCUUACGCAGACAAACAGAAGGGCUAAGUUUGACUCACGUCACGUACGUUGGUGUAUGUUCCUAUACCCAGAAUGAAAUAAAAUGU